CGAUCAGCUGUCACUUUCGUUUUAAUAAAUUACAUCGAAAUUUUGAAUUAAACUAACCAGAAAAUACUAGUGUAAAACCAGAAUUCAUUAAUUCUGGUGCAAAUUAUUUGUGCUAUCAAUUAGAAUUGUAGUGGUGGACAAUAGCAGCAGCAAGAGCGAAACAUGAGCGUGCAGACGGAUCACGAGAAGAGAAAGCAGAUCUCCGUGAGGGGCAUCGCUUCUGUUGAGAAUGUGACUGAGGUGAAGAAGGCGUUCAAUCGCCAUGUUCAUUACACCCUGGUAAAGGACAGGAAUGUGGCGACUCCGCGCGACUAUUACUUCGCUCUGGCUCACACUGUCAGGGACCACCUUGUCUCCCGUUGGAUCAGAACACAGCAGUAUUACUAUGAAAAGGAUCCCAAGCGUGUGUACUACCUUUCACUGGAGUACUACAUGGGCCGGUCUCUGCAGAACACUAUGAUCAACUUGGGUAUCCAGGGCACCGUAGAUGAGGCCCUCUACCAGUUAGGUCUGGACAUUGAAGAGCUGGAGGAGCUGGAAGAAGACGCUGGUCUGGGCAAUGGAGGUCUCGGCCGUCUAGCUGCCUGCUUCCUUGACUCCAUGGCUACUCUGGGUCUAGCUGCUUAUGGCUAUGGUAUCAGAUACGAGUACGGUAUCUUCGCCCAGAAGAUCGAGAACGGCGAGCAGCAGGAGGAGCCGGACGACUGGCUGCGCUACGGCAACCCGUGGGAGAAGGCGCGGCCUGAGUUCAUGCUGCCCGUCAACUUCUAUGGCCGCGUCGUCGACACGCCCGACGGCAAGAAGUGGGUCGAUACGCAGGUGGUGUUUGCUAUGCCAUACGAUAACCCCAUCCCCGGUUACAACAACAACGUGGUGAACACCCUGCGGCUCUGGUCCGCUAAGAGCCCCAUCGACUUCAACCUCAAAUUCUUCAACUCUGGUGACUACAUUCAGGCCGUACUGGACCGCAACGUCGCAGAGAACAUAUCCCGCGUGCUGUACCCCAAUGACAACUUCUUCGAAGGCAAGGAGCUGCGUCUGCGCCAGGAGUACUUCAUGUGCGCCGCCACGCUGCAGGACAUCAUCCGCAGAUACAAGGCGUCCCAGUUCGGCAGCCGCGAGGCCGUCCGCACAUCCUUCGAACACCUCCCCGAGAAGGUCGCCAUUCAACUCAACGACACCCACCCCGCCCUCGCCAUUCCCGAACUUCUAAGAAUCUUGAUCGACAUCGAGAAAGUUCCCUACGAUGAGGCCUGGAAACUGGUGGUGAAGAGCUGCGCGUACACGAACCACACCGUGCUGCCCGAGGCGCUGGAGAGGUGGCCGUGCUCCAUGAUGGAGAACGUGCUGCCGCGGCACAUGCAGCUCAUCUACCACAUCAACUUCCUGCACCUGCAGGAGGUGGAGAAGCGCUGGCCCGGCGACUUCGACCGCAUGCGCCGCAUGUCGCUCAUCGAGGAGGAGGGCGACAAGCGCGUCAACAUGGCCAACCUCUGCAUCGUCGGCUCGCACGCCAUCAACGGCGUCGCCGCCAUUCAUUCCGAUAUCCUCAAGAAGACCGUCUUCCGCGACUUCUACGAGAUGUGGCCAGAGAAGUUCCAAAACAAGACCAACGGGAUCACGCCGCGCCGGUGGUUGCUGCUGUGCAACCCCGGGUUGUCUGAUCUGAUCUGCGACAAGAUCGGCGAGGAGUGGACCGUGCACCUGGACAAGUUGAAGGACCUGAAGCGGUGGGCCAAGGACCCGGCGUUCCAGCGCGCGGUGAUGAAAGUGAAGCAGGAGAACAAGUUGAAGCUGGCGGCGCUGAUCGAGCGCGACACGGGCGUGAAGAUCAACCCGGCGUCCAUGUUUGACGUGCAGGUGAAGCGCAUCCACGAGUACAAGCGGCAGCUGCUGAACAUCCUGCACGUGAUUACGCUGUACAACCGCAUCAAGCGCGACCCCGGCGCCGCCUUCACACCGCGCACCGUCAUGAUCGGAGGCAAGGCCGCGCCCGGCUACUACAUCGCCAAGCAAAUCAUCGCUCUCGCCUGCGCUGUUGGCAACACCGUGAACAACGACCCCGACGUGGGCGACAAGUUGAAGCUGAUCUUCCUGGAGAACUACCGCGUCACGCUGGCCGAGCGCAUCAUGCCGGCUGCCGACCUCAGUGAGCAGAUCUCAACAGCGGGCACGGAAGCUUCAGGCACGGGCAACAUGAAGUUCAUGUUGAACGGCGCGCUGACCAUCGGCACCAUGGACGGAGCCAACGUCGAGAUGGCCGAGGAGGCGGGCGAGCACAACUUCUUCAUCUUCGGCAUGAGGGUCGACGACGUUGAAGCCCUGCAGCGCAAGGGGUACAACGCAUACGAAUAUUACGAGCGCAACCCGGAGCUGCGGCAGUGCAUUGAGCAGAUCCGCAGCGGUUUCUUCUCGCCCGACCAGCCGGGCCGGUUCGCGCACGUGGCCGACGUGCUGCUCAACCACGACCGCUUCCUGCACCUGGCUGACUUCGACGCCUACAUACAAGCGCAGGACAAAGUCGCUGCCGUCUAUCAGAACCAAGCGAAAUGGGCGGAGAUGGUGAUUGAGAACAUCGCGUCGUCCGGCAAGUUCUCGUCUGACCGCACCAUCGCGGAGUACGCGCGCGAGAUCUGGGGCGUCGAGCCGUCCUGGGAGAAGCUGCCCGCGCCGCAUGAGGUGCAGGGUUAAGUGUCCACCGACGACCGCGGUAGACUUUAACGGGGGGCUCUGAGGGUGAUUUCUAUCAAAGCGGAGAGGAGAGGAGAUAUGCGGAAUCGACCAAUCACAGCGCGGGAAGACGUUCUGUUGUUUUUUCCCUCGCGGUGAUUGUUCGAUUACUGCAUAUCUUCGCUUUGAUGGAAACCCAACCUUGGGACCAAUUAACCACUUGCUGAAAGACUGACUGAUCAUACCUGCCCGACAAGUACUAGGUAGGCAAACAGAUAGUUAACAACAAGUGGUAAAAUGGGCCCUUAGUCACGUUACUACUUUCUACGAAUCAUUUCGAUGAUUUGCAGAAAUGUUGCUUCUGUCUAUCGAUAUCGACCACCCUGGUUAGAUUCUACUUGGACACCUACAUAAACAGGCUAUAAUAUAAUGUUCCUUUACCUCGGCCUAACUUUAACCCUUUAACUCCCGUUGUGAAGGCCAAGGGGUUAAUACUAUCUGCACGAAACUAUAUAGCCGCUCCUUUCCUGCAAAGGUUAGUAGUACACCUUGUCCAGGACAGGAGAGAAUUACCCGUUUUAUUCUACACAGAAGGCACAGGCACCUACGCCGGUAGAGCCUUGUCUCUAGUAGUUAUUAAAAAAAAAGAAAACCUCAUCGAUUAAACAUCCUAGUUCGAAUUUAACAGAAUUUAUUACAAAUACCUGUCUCGGUUAUUCCUAUGAAAUCCGCACAAUAAAAUCGAUUUUAUUUGAAGUGAAAUAAGAUAACUUUCUGUCAAUAAAAUAGUAAUUGAAUUAAAGGAGACCUGAUAAUGGAAUCUUAUUGUAUGCCAUUCUUGUAAACUCUUAAAGAACGAAAGCCUUGGUGCUAGUGUUUUUCUU